GAAAAAAAGCUUGAAUUUGUAAAAUUAAUUUUCAAAAAUUUUCGAUUUGCAAAUUUCAUGUCAACGCCCACUCAACACAACUACUUUCACUACUACAAGACGAGCUCGAUUAUAUUAGCCGGCCUCGGCGUGGCGGCGGUUGGGUUCGCUGGCAAGCAUUUGCUGCGCCGCAUGCCACAAAUGACAACAAAAUUUAACGAGGCGCUGAAGAACCUUCCUAAAUUUGAUGCCGAAAGCAUGGCAAAUUCAAAAUACUAUAAAGGGGGUUUCGAUCCCAAGAUGAACAAACGCGAAGCAGCGCUUAUACUGGGUGUUAGUCCAAGCGCCUCCAAGCUUAAGGUAAAGGAUGCGCAUAAAAAAAUUAUGCUGCUCAAUCAUCCGGAUCGCGGCGGAUCACCUUACUUGGCGGCCAAAAUAAACGAGGCUAAGGAUUUCUUAGAUAAUUCCAAAUAAAAUGAAGUUCUUUGUUGUUGUAGAAUAAUGCACUCGUGCAAUGAACUGCGUAUUUUGCACGAAACAAUUUUAGGCUAUGUUGUAAACCUAAUAAAUAAGUAAAGAUAAA